AUGAGCACCUCCCAGCCCGCCACUGCCGUGGCAGAGCCGAGCCCUGCUGAGGGAGCCAGAGGCCCUGCAGGGGAGGCUGUGGUGGGCACCCGGGAGAAGGGCCCUCGGCUGGGCCAGCGGCUGCCUUCCAUCGUGGUGGAGCCCAGCGAGGCGGGGGCCGUGGAGAGCGGGGAGCUGCGCUGGCCCCCGGAGGGUGCGCAGAGGGGGGCUGCUCAGAGCCCGGCUGCUGCUGCCCCCUCUCCAAGUCCACCAGUAGCAUCAGGGAAGGCUGCAGAUGAUGCUGGCUGCAAGUGUGCCAGCCUUGAGGACCAGGCACCCCUGGCCCAGUGAGAGGACAAGGACAUGGCCAGGCUCUGCCCUCCGACUGCUGAGAGGGCCUCAGCCCCAGGACGGCGGGGCUGAUGCACAGAGAGGACCUGACCUGCCCAGACACCAGCGGGCAGAGCCAGCAGCUGCUUCCUGUGUCAUUGGGUCUGUCCAGGCCUGCAGCCCUGCCCUUUCUUGUCCACGGCCCAGGUCUGCAUCACACCUCUCUUCCUCCCUGGUU